AACACACACUCUUUCCUUUGUUGCAAAAAUGGAAGCCACAGUAGUGAUAGUGGGAGGAGGACCGGCUGGUUUAGCAACUUCAGUAUGUCUUUCUAAAUUUUGCAUUUCUAAUAUGAUAUUAGAAGGAGAAGAUUGCUAUGCUUCUCUAUGGAAAAAGAGGGCUUACGAUAGAUUAAGCUUACAUUUAGCUAAAGCCUUUUGUGAGCUACCCUAUAUGCCUCACUUGUCCACUACCCCAACAUUUAUGCCCAAGAGGGAGUUCGUGAGGUACUUAGAUACAUACGUAUCACACUUUGAUAUAAAACCUCACUGUAAUCGAUGCGUUGUAUCUGCUUUUUUCCGAGAAAGUUCAAAGAAAUGGAUUGUUGAGGCAAAAAACACAAUUUCUGGAGAAACUGAAGUUUAUAUUGCUAAAUUUUUGGUGGUAGCUACAGGUGAAAAUGGUAAGCCUUUUAUCCCUGAGAUUCCUGGAAUGGAUAGCUUCCCAGGAGAAGUUGUUCAUUCUAGUGCCUACAAAUGUGGGUCUGGAUUUGAAAACAAACAGGUUCUGGUUGUUGGCUCUGGCAAUUCGGGAAUGGAAAUUAGUUUUGAUCUUUCCAACCAUGGAGCUUAUGCUUCAUUGGUUGUUAGGAGCCCGGUUCAUGUGGUUACAAAACAACAGAUCUAUAUGGGAAUGGUGCUAUUAAAGUACCUUCCAAUGUGGUUUGUGGAUGCUAUGGUCACCUUGCUCUCAAGAAUGGAGUUGGGUGAUUUGUCUAAGUUUGGAAUUCAUCGACCACGAAGAGGGCCAUUCACUCAUAAAAUUGUAACAGGACAAACUCCUGUUCUUGAUGUUGGAACAGUGAACAAGAUUCAUACUGGAGAGAUAAAGGUUGUUCCUGCAAUUGACUCCAUAAAUGGAAACAUGGUGAAGUUCAGUGAUGGUGUUGAGAAAUAUUUUGAUGCAAUAGUUUUCGCAACGGGCUACAAAAGCGUAGCCAAUGACUGGCUUAAGGACUACAAUUACAUUCUUAAUGAAGAGGGCAUGCCCAGAAAUCCAUUUCCUAACCAUUGGAAGGGUGAAAACGGUGCUUAUUGUGUUGGACUUGCAAGGGAUGGUAUUUCUGGAGUUUCCAAGGAUGCAAUUGCAGUAGCUGAUGAUAUUAAUGGCAUUUUGAGCCAUGAAGAGAAAGAAAAUGGAGAAGCUCUUGAGGAUCCUAGUUAGUCACCAAAUUAUAUAUGCUGCCUAUGACAUAAAUAGUUUUGAAUAGAAUAAGAGACAUUUAGUCUAAGGAAUUUCCUUAGGCUAAUUCUAGUGUUCUGAUCUAAAUAUAUACUAGCUAGUUUAUGACAUAUAAUCAUGUAAUAAUUUGUGUUUUUAAUGAAAAAUCCUAGCUAUUUUAUUACUUCCA